AUGGCUAAACCUGUAGCAUUGAUAACUGGAGGAGGCAGCGGCAUCGGUCUGGCAGUCGCAGAACAUCUCAUCAACUUCUAUGGCUACAAGGUGGCUAUUCUGGACGUCCACGCCGAGCGAGGCAAGACCGAAUCUGGCCGCAUAAAUGCUGGCGCCGACAACUGCUUGUUCCUCCAAGCUGAUGUCUCGGACUACGACCAACAAGCCAAAGCAUUUCAGCAGGCCUUCGAAUGGGGCGGAAACCGUCUUAACUUCUUCCACGCGAACGCUGGCAUAGGCGACUCUGACAGUAUGUACAAGGACAUGCAAGACAUCGAUGCAACGACAGGACUACCCAGACCUCUUGAACUCCGAAUUAUGGAUGUCAAUCUCAACGCCGUACUGCAAGGCGUCCAUCUUGCUCGACACUUUUUUGCCAAGAACAGCUCACCUGGUGGCAGGAUAGUCAUCACUUCCAGCUGUCUCGGGAUAUAUCCGAAUCAUUGUCUACCACUCUACACCGCCGCCAAGCAUGCUUUGGUGGGUUUGGUCCGAGCAACAGCACCAGUAUACUUGGGCAUGGGCAUCACCAUCAAUGCUCUGAACCCGAAUUUGAUCGAGACCAAUCUUAUGCCUGCAGAGGUCCGUUCAUUAUGGGACAGACAUGGUCUCACGCCGAUGAAUACAGCGAUAAAAGCCAUCGAUGCGAUCAUGACGGACAAGAACAUGACCGGACAAACGAUCGAGUUGGCUCUAGACGAGAUAGUAUUCAGCAAGGCACAGCCGUACACCUAUUCUGCCAAAGCCAGCAGGAUAAAACGUGGCGAAGCCUCCGGCGGUAUCGAGCUGAUAGAAUAA